GGCAGCGGGAGGCCGAUGUUAGCUACGGCGGGUAGAGUAGACCGGAGCUGAGGGGGAACUGUGGCUGCGGGGCCCACUAGCGACUGAAACUUCACUGCCAAGAUGUCCGACGAUGAGCAAGAGCAGACCAUUGCCGAAGACCUGGUGGUCACCAAGUACAAGAUGGGAGGUGACAUCGCCAACCAGGCUCUCCGUCUGGUUGUGGAAACUGCCAAACCUGGAGUGUCGGUGCUCAGCCUCUGUGAGAAGGGGGACGCCUACAUAAUGACUGAAACCGGAAAGGUCUUCAAGAAGGAAAAGGAAAUGAAGAAAGGCAUUGCCUUUCCCACCAGCGUCUCAGUCAAUAACUGUGUUUGCCACUUCUCUCCCCUGAAGAGUGACCCUGACUACACACUUAAAGAUGGGGAUCUGGUCAAAAUAGAUCUAGGGGUUCAUGUUGAUGGCUUCAUUGCUAAUGUUGCUCACAGCUUCAUCGUGGGAGCCACUAAGGAGAACCCUGUUACAGGCCGGAAAGCUGAUGUUAUCAAAGCUGCCCAUCUGUGUGCAGAAGCAGCUCUUCGCCUUGUCAAACCUGGCAACCAGAAUACACAGGUGACUGAGGCCUGGAACAAGAUCGCAAAGUCAUUCAAAUGUUCACCUAUUGAGGGUAUGUUGUCUCAUCAGCUAAAGCAGCAUGUCAUAGAUGGUGAGAAGACCAUCAUUCAGAACCCAACAGACCAGCAAAGGAAGGACCAUGAGAAGGCAGAGUUUGAGGUACAUGAAGUCUAUGCUGUGGAUGUCCUGAUCAGCACUGGAGAAGGAAAGGCCCGCGAUGGAGGUCUGAGGACCACCAUUUAUAAGAGGGACCCCAGCAAGCAGUAUGGCUUGAAAAUGAAGACUUCUCGCACGUUCUUCAGCGAGGUGGAGCGACGCUUUGAUGCCAUGCCCUUCACUCUGAGGGCGUUUGAGGAUGAAGGCAAAGCCCGUCUCGGUGUGGUGGAGUGUGCCAAGCAUGAGCUGCUACAGCCCUUCAGUGUGCUGCAUGAGAAAGAGGGAGAGUGUGUAGCUCAGUUUAAGUUCACAGUGCUGCUGAUGGCUAACGGGCCUCACAGAAUCACCAAUGGGCCCUUUGAUGCGGACCUGUACAAGUCGGAGCAUGAAGUUCAGGAUCCAGAGCUGAAGACUUUACUACAAAGUUCUGCAAGCCGUAAGACGCAGAAGAAAAAGAAAAAGAAGGCUUCAAAGACGGCAGAAAAUGCAACUGGACAGCCAACUGAAGAAACAGAAACAGCAGAAUAAAUACUGCCUUUUCACUUCUGCAAGACCCCAAAGACAAACGAGAGAAAACACCAUAAAUUGCCCCCAACUUUCUACCACAUAAGUUUUACUAAUUAAAAUAUCAAAUUCACGAGAACUGGAAUUUUAACUUUCAGAUUGUACAGGUGUUGGACUUGACCAGGAUGCUUAACCCUUUACUGCAUUGACGGAACAGAACAUGGACGAUGUGUUGCUGUUUUUUCUUCCCAAACUUGACCAGUAAAAAUAAAGAAUAUUUGCAAAUAUAUAAUUUUAACAGAUCUGUUGCCAAAUUAUAAGUGUGACAAGAAAGUUUCCUUGUCAUGCUUAAAAUGAACUUGCGCUGAUAGUAGACAAGCAGGGAGGAAUUUAUGAAUGAUGCGGUACUGAGGCUAGAAAACUUAAUUGAAUUGUAUGUUUCAGCUGAAUGGUUGUUUGUCUUUGGCAGUGAGGCGAUUAAAAUGUAUAUUUUUUUUAUGUCAGCAAAUUUAUGGUCAGAGGAAGAUUCAGAUUCAUUACUGGAAGGUAUAGGCUCAUGCUGUCUGUGGAAAAGAUGCCAAUUUUAUUACUCCAGCCAUCAUUAAACAACUGACAGGGUUUCAUAUACUUUUUUUUUCUCAUCUGUGUCGUGCAGUAAAGGGUGAACUUGAUGAAAUUGUCUUAUCCUGAAACUGAUACAUUGGAAAUAAUUACACAAAAUUACUUGUGUAAAGCAAUAACCUGAGCAAAAGACUGGAAUAUUUUUAAACAUACAAGCAAAAAAACAGUCCUUAGCUUGACUUUAGGGAACAAACUUGCUAUGUUUACUGCCAUUCCCCUUGAAUUUUAUGGAAAGAUAGUAAUGUGUGAUCCAGUUUUAAGAAUCUUUUUUUCUAUUAGUUACACCAGUGUUCUGCUUUGCUCAGUCAUUGGUGUUGUCAAGCAUGAACUAUUGAUCAGUUUGGUUUUUUUUAAUCCUUCCAUGGGUGUCUUCAGUAGAGUACGAUCAUUUCAGGUUUUGAGUUGGUCUGAGAUGUUACUGGAUCAGAUUUGUCAACAACUGAAUCUUGAGAAAGUAAAAUCCUGCUUUGUAGCUCAAUCAGUGGGCAAAGGAACUUUACAUCUAAUGAAAUUAAAAAAAUGUUUUCCUACAU